AUGGGACAGGCAUUUCUGGAAGAAAGCGCAGGCGGGAAAGCUGCAAUGACCCAGUCUGAAAACGAACUGUUUCAGGUGCGCCUGGAGAAGCUGGAGCGCAUAAGGCAGCGCGGCAUCGAGCCUUAUCCGCACAACUACGAACGCACGCAUACGAGCGCGCAGGCCGAAGAGUUGUUCGCGCAGGCUGAAGCGGAGCAACCCGAGAACGCGCGAACCGAAUCAGUAUCCGUCGCGGGACGCAUCGUCGCCUUUCGCGGCAUGGGGAGGGCAUCAUUCGCAGACCUGCUUGAUGGCGACGGACACGUUCAGGUCAUGUUCCGCCGCAACUCCCUCCCCGACACCUACGAAAUGCUGGACGACCUCGACAUCGGCGACUGGCUCGGCGUGAAGGGCCCUCUCUUCCGUACGCGCACAGGGCAGAUGACAGUGGAGGCGCAGGAGUUCACCCUGCUGUGCAAGUCGCUGCGAUCGCUGCCGGAGAAGUGGCACGGCUUGCAGGAUGUGGAAAUACGCUUCCGACAACGAUACCUUGACCUCAUCGCCAACCCGGAGGCGAGACGCGUCGCCGUUAUGCGCAGCCGCAUCGUCAGCGCCAUCCGCCGCUUCAUGGAUGGACGCGGCUUCAUCGAAGUGGAGACACCCACGCUAGUGCCAAUCGCCGCGGGAGGCAUGGCGCACCCCCGCCUCAUAGUCGGCGGCUUGGAGCGCGUCUAUGAGAUAGGCAAGAUAUUCCGCAACGAGGGGCUGGACCUGACGCACAAUCCUGAGUUCACCUCUAUGGAGAGCUACGAAGCCUUCGCCGACUACAACGACGUGAUGGAGAUGGUUGAGCAGAUGGUGUACGGCGUGGCGCAGGAGGUGCUGGGCACGGCAGUCGUCGAAUUCGACGGAGAGCUCAUUGACUUUACGCCGCCCUGGCCCCGCCUCAGCCUGCGGGAGCAAAUAGAGCACCACAGCGGCAUUGACUUCCUGGAGCACCCAGACAUAGAGUCGAUGAAGUCGGUUAUGGCGGAGAUCGGAAUAGACGUAAGCCACCAAAUGAGCUGGCCCGGCCUGAUGGACAAGCUUAUAUCUUCGCGCGUUGAGGAUACGCUGCGCCAGCCCUGCUUCCUUGUGGACUAUCCGGUGGGGAUGUCACCCCUUGCAAAGAAGAAGGCGGACAGCCCGCUACUGGUGGAGCGCUUCGAGGGUUUUGUCGCCGGCAUGGAGAUUUGCAACGCGUUCACAGAGCUGAACGAUCCCGUUGACCAGCGCCAGAGGUUCGAAGAGCAGGAGACUCUGCGUACGCAGUUCGCGGGCGAGGAGACGGACAGGCUUGACGAAGACUUUCUGGUCGCCAUCGAGCACGGAAUGCCCCCCACGGGCGGACUCGGCAUCGGCAUAGACCGCCUUACCAUGCUAUUAUCCGGCCACAAGACGAUCCGAGAGGUGGUGCUGUUUCCGCAGAUGCGAUGA